CGCCCGGGGGGGCGGCAGGAAGGAGACGGUUAAACCUGCGAGGGGGUUAAAGAAAGAAGGGGCGGGGGGGCUGGUAAAUUUCGUGUGCGCGCGCCAAGGGCGGUGGGGGAGGGUUACAACUGCCGCCGGCGCGAGGCGCUCAACGGCCGCCGCGCGCCUCCGCCGGGCCCCGCCCCGCGGGGGCUCCGCUCGCCCCCGGCCAUGGAGAGCGGCGGCGGGAGGGGCCCGGCGGGGCAGGAGGAGCCGCCGCAGGAGCCGCCGCCGCUCGGGGAAGGAGGAGAGAAGGAGGAGGCCGGGGAGGAGGCGGAGGCGCCGCCGCCCGGGGCCGAGUCGGACUGGAGCUUCGUUGACGGCGAGAUGGAGGCGGUGGCGCUGCAGGACCUGCCCACCGCCACCAUCGCCUGCAACCUGGAUCCGCGCGUCUUCCAGGACGGCCCGUGCCGGGCCAAAUUUGAAUCGCUGUUUAGAGCAUACGACAGAGAUAUCACCUUUCAGUAUUUUAAGAGCUUCAAAAGAGUACGAGUAAACUUCAGUAACCCUUUAUCUGCAGCAGAUGCUAGAAUCCAGUUGCACAAGACAGAGUUCCUUGGGAAGGAAAUUAAACUGUAUUUUGCUCAGACUUUGCACAUUGGAAGCUCACAUUUGGCACCACCAAAUCCAGACAAACAGUUUUUGAUUUCACCUCCUGCUUCUCCACCUGUUGGUUGGAAGCAAGUAGAAGAUGCUACUCCAGUCAUAAACUAUGACCUUCUAUAUGCUAUCUCCAAGUUAGGGCCAGGAGAAAAGUACGAGCUACAUGCUGCAACUGACACUACUCCUAGUGUUGUUGUCCACGUCUGUGAGAGUGACCAAGAAAAUGACAUGGAAGAAGAAGCGAAGAAACGCAAACCAAAAAUUAUUCAGACAAGAAGGCCAGAUUAUACUCCUACCCAUUUAAGUUGAACUGCUCUAGUUUUUGAAGGGUUACAAGCAGACAUAUGCAAGGGAAACAUUUACUAUGGAAAUAGCUGGUCAAAAAUUUGGUGGCGACAGCGGCAGUUGUAGUAGGAGAAAUUCCAGUGUAAGGUUUGCUCAGAAAAAAUAUAGGAAAUUUCCUCCUUGCUUCUAAUGCUGCCUGUUGGUUGAUGUUAUGAGUGUAUUCCCAGAUUGCUGGGAAUGAAGAUAGGCAGAAAAAGACAUUUUGAGAAGUGACAAAACUGAAACUGAUAUGGGCUUAUUUUUGGGGGGUACUGUUCCAUUAUAAAGCAACUGGGGAAAGCUUUCUUCAUUCUGUCUCACAUAAAUCCUCAAACAUAUAGGCUAGUCAUUUUGUGAAGUACAUAGUGAUAACAGAGGUGGUUUUAAAGAUUAAAGUAUGGGAAUUGUAGAACUUUUUCUUAUGAUAGAUUUUGUGCAUGUGUAUUCUUGCUCUUCUAAAACAACUUUGCAUUAUUUUCUAAAAUUUCUCACUUCAUGUUUUUGGAAAUCUGGGGAUUUGUUUAAAGUAUUUAUUAUCUAAACAUCCCGGAAUUAUUACUAGAUGUGUAUAUACAUAUAUAUUUAUAUUUGUUUUUAUUGGCACUCCUUUUCCAGCAGGCAUACAAUUUAUCUGGCACUUUACUUUGGUGCUAUGUAACUUGUGCUUUUAAAAUUUUAAUCUUUUAAAUGCUUCUAUAGGGUUUUGUCUGGCAAAGUUAUGGAAAAAAUGUGCAAUAGGAAAGUUAUUUGAAUAAUUUGAUUUUAAAUUAUUUAAGUUUAAAUAAUUUAUACCUUCAAUAACAUUUGUUCAGCAAUUGACUUUCUCCUUUGAAAAAAAAAGUAUUCUUAAAUGUAUAAAUAAAGCUAAUAUUGUAUAUUCAUAGCAACGUACUUUUUCAGUGGAAAGAAUGGCAAUGGAAAGCAACAUGAACUCUGCUCAGUAUGUGAUCUGCAAUGUUGCAAACAAAUCUUUUAAGUGAUUGAAAAAUUGCACACUGCAUAAAACAGCGAAGAGAGGUGGAGUGCCUUUUCCCUCAUUCAUUCCUGAUGUGAACUGUUCUACGAGCUGCACAUGGUAUCCCUUUUUCUAAUGACUUGCGUGUCCAUAAGUUUAUACUUUCCUAGCUUUGUUUCCAAAACAAGCUAGUAUUUAGAAAUGCUUAAUGACAAGUAAUGAUGCAUACCUAAGUAAUGGUAGACAUGGGAAAAGCUUCAGAGUUUCUUAUAUGUUACUGCUUAAAGACAGUGGCACAUCACAUAAAAGUUUAGAGGAAGAAACGUCUCAGAAGUGUUUUUUCUUAUUUGUUUUUAGAAUGGAGAUUCUCACUUUGAAAUAGGCUUCAGUAUUUGGGGGGGACAAAGACGGUACUUGAUAUCUUUGGGAAAACACCACUUACAUUUUUAGAAAGGGGACGUUUGAAGCUUCUCAACAUGUUUUUUAGAAAUUGAGAGCCUGGUUCUCUAGUGGUUGAGUUUUUUCACAGUUGGUCUGAAAAUGAGUUUUGUAGCUGAAGUUGAUAUAAAAAAAAUCGUUCUGUGCCAUUUGAAGCAAACCUUGCCUUGGAUGCCCAGAUUCACAACUCUUGUUAAAAAUAAAUAGUGUAGCAAGAUGUGUAAGGGAGCCAUUCCAAGCUGUGGUGCAGUGUUAAAUGCAACAUUAUCAAAAGCUGGUCAAUAUACUCUGCAAAAUAUGAGCUAAUAUCCUGUGACAGAAGAGAACAGGGAUAUAUUUAACUUUGUAAUACCUGCAAUAAUGGCCUUGUUCUGCUUGUUUUGGUUUACAGGGCAUACCAAACAGUGGCAAUUGGUGUGCAUCUUGCACCUAACUCAUGUGGCGCUCUCUCCUUGUUAAGCUGUAGCCCAGGAUGUCUGUAGGUGAAGAGUCAAUACAAUAUUGCUGGGUCUGUGUUGCAUGGAUGUGGAGGUGCAUAAGCCUUUUUGUGUUAGUAAGGUGUAAACAUUAGUUGGGUAUGUGUGCUGCUUAUUUAGCAUACACAAAACAAAAAGAAAAUGGGGGGAGGAGGCAGAGAGAUCUCAGAGGUUUACCACAACUGCCUUUAAGCUGUUCUAAGAUUUUCUUUCACGUUUCUCAAAUUACUACUUGACUUAGUGUUUGACUUCAUUCAAUUAAAAAUUGUUGGGGUAAUUUCUACACUGUCCUUUUUUCCAUCUAUUCACAGUUACCAAUCAAAGUAUUAGUUUUGCAUUAGCAACUUAGGUUGCUGCUGUUCUGCUUCCUAGCAAUCCUGAGAAAGCAGUGCUAAUUUUUUAUUAGAAAGGAAAGGGUAAAACAAAUACUGAUGUGAUUUUCCAUUUUGGUACACUGAUACCUGCCUAAUAAAGGCAGGCGACUAGAAACCAUGGAAGACAUGGGAUGGCUACAACAUGUUCCCCUUCUGGUCUUAAUUGUGAACAGAGAUUUGUGAGACAGUAACUUACCUGUCUUUCUGGUUGUGCAUCUUGGCUUGUGACACCUUCUGUUAGCAUUGCUACAGUGUAUUGCUUGCUCUUUCGGGUUUUUUGUUUUUUUGUUUUUUUUUUGUUUUUUUUUUUAAUGUUCAAAUGGAUGCUUAGUUGGUAUUUUAUACAGUUGUAUAGUAUGGGGCAUAUUUAAAUUAAAAUAUUUUGUUGUCUUAUAAA